AUUUAAAAUCUUUUCUAAUUUACAGAUUGAUGUUUAGACAUCCAUCAAUAAUAUAGAUUAUUGCGUUCACAUCAACAAAACAUUUGUUCAGUUGAGCUCUUAAUAUGUUUUCAUUUGUUGUUACCCUUACCCUUUGUUUGGAUUUAAGGGAAAUGGAGAGAAGAGAAAAGAAAAGAAAUCUUGAUUUCUCAAAUUUCUCUUGUUUGGAGAGGACAAUUUGCAUUUCUCAAAUUCCUACAAGUAACCGAAAGUGUUCCCUCAAAUUUGUGAGAAACGGGUGAAAAUACCUAAAGUAUUGUUCUUUCCCAUCUUUUCUUUUGAGGUAGAAAUUUGAUUUUCCUUAUAUAUUAAUAAUUAUCCAGAAAACAUAAAGCAAAUCAAAUUUAUUUUCUCUUCAUUUCCUUAUACAAUUAAGGAUCCAAACAAAUUAUUAAUGACGAAAAGGAGUGGAAUAUGGUUAUGCAUAACAUCAGCAAUUAAUUUUUCUGUAAUGGAACUUUCUUGAAACCAAGGAUGGCUAUCUCCUUCCAUAUAGCUUCAGUUUCUUUUAGUGUAAACACUGGUUUCAGUCAUCCUUUUUAGUUCCACCGUACCUUGCCAAUAUUGGAUUACUGGUCUAGAUGAAGCUAGUCCUGGCUGUCUUCAGUAAAACCAGACUUUGCGUGCUAGGUUUUCCAGCCAAUCGUGUUGGAUAGGCAACAGUGUUGAGAGUUGCAGAGAUAGUCUUCUGGACUUGAGCAUGUAUCCUAGUAACAAAACAGCAGAACUAACCACCAUUAAUCCACGGAAUUUGCUUUCUGGUCCAGCAGGUAGUCCCUGAUGUUUUUCUUUGGUCCUAUGUAUCCACCUCCAUAUGAGCUUAAAUGCAAACUUGAAGUUCUUGCCGUAACUUCUCUUUGCAGGUUCUGAGAUAUAUAAGGAGAUGUUGGCAAAGGCCCUUGCUAACUACUUUGGUUCUAAAUUACUCAUAUUUGAUAGCCAUUCUUUCUCUGUGGUUUGUCUUCAAAGGAAGCUGAGUUUUUGAAGGAUGGAUUUAAUGCAGAAAAAUCCUGCAUCUGUACCAGACAAAGCCCUACGAUCGCCAACUCAUUAAAAAGUGUGAAUCCAUCAGGUCUUGAAGCAGGUACACCUAGUUCUUCAAAUGCACCUUCUUCCUUUGGUCAGGGAUCUCAACCAAAGAUGCAUAUUGAUGCUGUACCCUCUUCUUCUGGGACAUCCAGAAAUCUGUUGUUUAAAAUAGGUGAUAGAGUAAGGUACAUUUCUGGUGGCUUAUAUCCAUCAGCAUCUUCAUCAAGGGAUCCACCUAAUGGAAUUCAUGGAAAGGUCGAACUAGAUUUUGAGGACAAUCCUUUGUCAAAAAUUGGGGUAAGGUUUGAUAAACCUGUAACCGACGGGGUUGAUCAUGGAGGCCUUUGUGAGGGAGGUCAUGGGUACUUUUGCAAUGUUAUUGAUCUUCAUUUGGAUAAUGUGGAAGAUUUGGACAAGUUACUGAUCAAUACAUUAUUUGAGGUAUCGCAUCCUGGAGGUCUUCUUUUCACAAAAUUUGGUAGCAAUCAAACUGCACUUCUUGACCUGGCUUUUCCGGAUAGCUUUGGAAGACUUUAUGACAGAGGGAAAGAAGUGCCAAAGGCAACAAAAGUUCUGACUAAACUUUACCCGAAUAAAGCAGUUAUUCACAUGCCACAGGAUGAGGUGCUUCCAGCAUCUUGGAAGCAUCAAUUGGAUCGAGAUGUAGAAACCCUCAAAAUGAAGGGAAAUUUGAAUCACCUUCGUGCUGUGAGAAAUCUUUCAUACGCUAAGCUAUGGCAUUUGAUUGUUAUUUCUUAGAACAUUUUAUCAUUAAUACAAUAUGUAAAGGGGCGGUUUGAAAUUUGGUAUGUGUAAUACUUAAGAGUCAAUUACUUGUCCAUGUCUGGUCAGUUUGCCUCUGCUACUGAAACAUUAUGUUGGCUCACAUCACUGGUCCUUAUAAUAAAAUAAUCUUCAAUGA